UGCAGUAGCCCGGCAUCCGCCGUCGCACCAGGAAUUGAGGUGUCGUUUCGUCGCGUUACCAUCCUCGCAUAUACAUUUAUUAUAUUCGAUACAUACUCAUAUCCCUGUCAGUUAUAUAUGCGUAUGUACAUGUAUAUUUAUGUAUAUAUAGAUGAGUCGGUGCGUGUGUAGAUAAGCGACGGGGACACGCGACCGAGAAGCGAAUAACACAUUAAGAAAAUCCUAGCGAUCGAGGAAACGAGACGGAGCGUGUGGCCGAAAUACAUUUCCCUCGAGAGGCAAUUCGUCUUACAAACUACCAGUUUGACAUUUUACGUUUUUUAAAUCCGUUUUAAAUUUUUAACCAAAUCAAUUGGAAUAAGGUCGAAACUAAUGUUGAACAACGUACGGGACUUGUAAUAAUAUUGAAAACAAGAUAAAUGAUAACGAAAGCAUCGAUCGAAGAAACACGUGGAUCUUGUGUCGUGAAAUAUAAGGAGCGCGCUGUUCCCUCCGCAAGCCCUUCGAAAUCGCAACAAUUAAUCAUGACCUGAGUAAGAGAAGACUGACGGAGGGAUACCCUCUUCUUCGUAUGGUCGGUGUCGUCUCUGUCGGAGGGAUAAUAAAAUAAUAAUAAUAAUAAUAAUAUCAUGUGUACGGUGAUUGGACAGUGCUCUUGGGAUUUAGUGCUCGGAGGCGAGGAAAUUGCCUCCUUCGAAUAGUGAUAUACUAUAUUUUUUUUAUUCAUGUUUACAACAACAAAAAAUUAGGAACAGCUUUGUUCUUCUUAUUUUCUUUGUUGCUGUUGUUGUUGUUGUUGUUGUUGUUGUUUUUGUUGGGUUUGGAGGUAGGAAGGAUUUUUUUGAAUGUGAGGGAUGAACGAUGCAACGAGAGGACGGAAAUAGGACUAUCGAGCCCGAUGAUUGUUUACCUUUAUAGAGGAUUGCUCAAUUCUUCGACGUUCAACGUCCAACGUCCAACUAAGGCGACCUCGCUGGACCUCGAACAAAGCAAGAUUCACUGCCCAAGUUCACCAAGAUGGCGGACGAAAAAGAUCAACAGACCUUCGCUCAGAAGAUGUUGUUCUACACAACCGCGUUCUUCAUCCUCCUUGGCACCUUUAGCCUUUUCGCCUUCCUCUUUUUGGUCCCCUUCGUCAUCGAUCCCGCGUUCACCACGAUAUUUAUGGAAUUCGAUACCCGACCGGCCGAGUGUGUCACCAUCGAUGUCGAGUCUCGGAGAGGUGCAAGCAACUGCUCGUGGACCUCGUGUAGAGAGGGUUGCACCAAGGAACUUUACGAUUGCACGCAAAUACGGGUGAAUUACAAGCUGCCCGAGAACUCGACUGAGGAGGAUUUGGUGAUUGAGAAAAAUGAGGGGACGACAGGGGAGGGCAGAGCGGUACGAGGUGUCGAGGGCGACGAGAACAGGUCUAGACCACGUUACGAACGUGCCCUUAAGGAUUAUAAUUACAUCGAGGACAUCGAGGAGGACGAUUUCAAUGAGGACGAGGAUAAUGAUUUGGGACUGCCAAAACCUUUUCCUACAGGUCUCAUGGGCAACGACUCCGAGUGGUACUUCACCGGUGCUAAGCUGUUUCCCAACGUAAAAGGCUGUGGAUACCCUCCAAUGCUGAAUUGCAGUAUUUUCUACCGGCAAUACGCCAACAUAGGGCAAAACUUUAGCUGUUACUACUCGAAAGUGGAUCCGAGAAUAGUCAUCAGCGAUCUCGACAUGUGGCAGGUCUACAUGAAUCUCGUCUACGCGAUGGCGAUACCGAUACCGUCUUUCAUAAUAUCGGUGAUAUAUCUCACAAUUGCCUACUUCAAAAUUUACAACGAAGACGAGGAGGUGCUGGUCCGUGACGAGGACGGUGUCGAUGGUAUCGAGGGUGAGGUUGACAUAAACGCGACCCCAAUACCACCAACGAGCGGUGCAUUGACGCCGGGUAGCGACGUCUUCAGGGAGAACCUCGCGAGUUUUGGUCACCAGCUCAAAGUGACUAUGGCCGACGCGAUAAGCGGAGAGAGCGUCGAAGGAAUACCAAAUUCAAUUUCAGCGCAGGGAAACUUGAGCAAGACGAUGACGACGAGUAUCUCAACUCCGCCUGGGCCGACGGCAGCAGUUUGAAGCGUCAUUUUCAAGGACUGAACAACAUUUCGUGGAGGCCACACUGAAUUAAAAUGUGAUUGUUAUUGGGGGAUGGCCGCGAUUACUCUCGACGAAGGCAUCUCCGCAAUUUCAUCGACGAAUUCUCUCUCUCAGCCCUAUUUUUCACACUCUUCCAACAUACGAAAAAACAACAUCCGAGCACGAUAUUAAAAUGUACAAGAAACUGAUAAACCAGAGUGAACCAGAGAGAAAUAGAGACAGAGAGAGAGAGAGAGAGAGAGAGAGAGAGAUGAACAAAGGGUUGAAAAAGCAUACAAAUAAAUUGUCUAAAUAACGUGUGAAAGCAAGAAAGGACCGUCCGAAGGAGAAGAUCGAUCGUAAGUCCUGUACACGCAUUAUAAUAAAUAAAUUAGCAAUUACAAGACCCCUCCCAAAUGCUCGAACAACAAAAACAUUCGAAGGAGAUUAAACUGAAGAAAACAUACAGAUUAAGUCCAAUAAUGAUUCUCGAUAAAGUUUCAUGGGCAAAUUCAAAUCCACCCAAAGCCUUCUACUGCUCUACAUCCUGUUGCUUAAAAACAUGUCAAAAAAUUGAGUAACGAUACUACGGGUGCUUUAGGGAGAAAUAACGAAUGCGACACACACAAACUGAAUAACAUAUGAAACAAAUAAAUGACUUUAAAUAAUGAAGCAUAACAGCAACGUUAUUUUAAAAAAUACGAGCGUCAGAGUCCGAUGAGGAAAACCACCAGAUGUGAGUAAUUAUUGCAUUUAACAAGGAGAAAAUUUAAAAACACACACACACACACACACACGUAACUGAUUAAUUCAUUUGCAAAAUAAAAAAAAAACGCGUCGCAUCAACCGUGGAUAUUUUACCUGUACAGAUAAGAUAUUUUGUAAGUUCAAUUUUUCUACGUCGAACUGGAUCGAUCUUGCGAGUGUGCUUGUAUAACUGACGUUUAUAUGAACCUUCACCUUCGGGUGACGAAGAGCAAAAAUAAUAAACCACAAACGAUCACAUUUCCGAAGUAAAUUCGAGUCGAAAUCCCAAAUUUCACGAGAAAUAUAAAUAAAACAGAAAUAUUUUAAUUUUUUCAUUCAUCACAGACCAUCGAGCAAAUUGCCACGGACACGAGAACAAAAAUUGCUAAAAAAAAGCAUGCGAAAAUCGAAGAGUUUCGAAUAUAACCAUUCAUCAAAGUUCGAUCGCUGCUUAAACACUUUCGUUACGCUAAAUCGUCUCUCGUUUCGGCUGCGACGAAUUAUAGUUGCGCAAAAAAACAAAAAAACAAAAAAAAAGAAAACAAAAAUUCGCUAUAUCGAUAUUAUAAUAACAAUAAUAAUAAUAAUAAUUCUAAUAAUAAUAGUAACAAUAAUAAAUAUACGAUUAACUGAUUAUAAAAUGAAAAAUUGUUAUAAUAUGCAAAGGUAACGAGCUUGAGCAUCACGGAUUGGAAAAAUAUGCAAUGUCUUUUAGUCGAGCCGAAAAGUGGCCGCGUCCUUCGCUUGAUUCUAUUGACAAGAACAACAAGAGAAAAACAAUGUUUGAUAUCGAUCGUCUCACAUGUAAAUAUAAAUUCGUAUAUACAUAAAUAUUUAUUUACAUAAGUGUGUACAUACGAGGAGGGAUCGAAGUUAGAAUUUGAAAGCUGCGCCAGAAAAUAAUUUCACUAUAUGAAUGUUGUCCAAAGUAAGGAUUCAUUGAUAUCGCUAUCAUCGAUUUCGAGGCAGAAGAGUAAUGUUAAAAUUACACAUACACACACGUAACACGUACAUAGAGACACGCGAAAGACGAAAAAUUCCUGCAAGCUGCUCCGAAGAGAAGUCGAGUUUCCUGAGUAUCCGUCGAGCCGAAUUUUUUAGAGCGAACGAGCCAUCCAUUCGUAUAAUAAAAGUGAAAAAUAUCGACUUCGUUCGAGUCGUUGAAGGACGCUGGUGCAAAACACGGCCGGAGCCGAAGCCAGCCGGGCGCUUCUCCGGUUCACUCGCACGGGGACACUUGUCUGUAACGUUGUUUAUAAACAAAGUGCGAGAGCCCGUCACUCGCGAACACAGAAAUCGUAAAGACUAAUCGCGCGCGAAGACAAGGAAAAACGAAAUUGUAAAUGGCCCGAGAAUAAAACCGACGAGAUUAACGAUCGUGAUAAUGUUUAAGUACCCGCUAAGUAAAUCGCUCGUUGUGUCUCACCAUCGAUACAUCUUCUCUUCUCAAUCGUACGUCUCAGAUCUUGCGGUCCGAUACGUCGAAGGAGAAUAUAUAAAAAUAAACAAAAAUCCAAUACUGAUACUCAAAUACAAAAGUCAUUGCGCUCGCUCACCAAACACGAGAUAUGAUAUUGUAUACAUACGCAUAUAUAUAUAUAAUAAAAAUUGAAGAAACGUGCACGCGUUGGGAACUGAAACAAAGAAAAACGAACAAUUCCAGAAACCAAUACAAAGUUCAAGUGCGCUCUUGUCGAAAUCACAUUCGCUUCUGUUAUUCAUUGUUUUCUUUCUCGAUUCGCUCUACACUGAAAACCGGAAGUCUAUAUAUUUCUACUUCGCCGUCGUGUAUUGACUAUAUAUAUAUAUAUAUAUUGUAAAUCGAUGUUGAUUCCCUCCCGCGCUCCGCUCCGCGAGCCGCACGUGAUAAUUAUUUCACUCGAGUACCGAGGAAAAGGAAAAAAAAAUGAGAGAAAUCUGUAUGCUUCGCAUCCGCGAUCGAUCGACGGAGAUGAGAGCUGCAUUAAGAUAUUGUGACGCUUAUAAAUCACUUUUGCUGUGCUUGGCCGCGAAAUAUUGAAACUUUGCCUCCCCUCGAGCGCUGAAAAUAUUUGGACCGCUUGAAACUUUGAUUUUGGAUUCGUUGCCGAUGCAGCUUUUUCGAUAGGUUUCCUUGCCGUCUAACGAAGCUUCGAUUUUUACUGCACGCCGAAAUAAUAACGCGCGUGGCCAACAAAAUCGCCAUUUUCAAGCAGCUACGAGCUUAACGAGGGAGCGAAUUGUUCGCGUGGUCAAUUAAUUUGCAGCGCCCUAAGCCCCUUAAUUGCGAGUGGAGGACAAAACGUACACGCAUACACAACACACGAAAAAUAAAAAAAAAAAAGAAAAGAAAAAGAAAAACCCAAGUUCUCGCUCAAUCACGUUAACUGACUAACUAGACGAGAAAUUUCGAUGAAACGGAAGACGAAAAAGUAGUUAAUUAAUAAUAAUAAUAAUUGUUCAUUCUAUUCGAGAUACGAAGGAAUUUGAAAAAACCAAUAUUUUUCGUUCCCCGCGCGCACUGCGAGUUGUACGAGAUUCACAUUCGAACAUCCGAACUUAAAACCAGGACGGACGGGAGAUUUUCAAAACGCCGCCGAUACUCAUUGGAUUUAAUAAAACAACAACAAGAACAACAAACGAAACUAAAAAGAGAAAACAAAUUAAUAAUUGAAAUUGUUUUUAUGAAUUAAGAACAAGUUGUCUGUGAUCUACAAUAAUUAAAAGAAGAUGAUGAAAAAAAAAAGAGAUAUGUAAUAAGUAUUGACAAGUAAAAGUAUAAUGAAAAACAAAAAAACAAACAAACAAACAAAUAUUGAUAACGUUUAUUAGACCGAGAGGAAGGAUAGACGGGAAUGCGAGAGAAGAGAAAGGGGGGAUAUAAAAAUACGACAAAAAAUGGGUGAGUUUAUUCGCGACGUGAGAUAUAAUGACGAGAAAAUUUACGUUUUUUCAUUCGUUUUUGUAGGGAGUGCUUAAAAAAAAUUCGGGCAAUCGUCAUACGUUUCUCGAGGAUAAAAAGGCGUUUAUUGUAAAUAUCUGUGGAGCGUACGAGACAGCGUUAAGUAAGCAAAUUAAUAGAAGAAUUGAAGGGAGUGAAAAAAAGCAGAGGAAAAAAAUGAAUAUAAAGAGAGAGAGAGAGAGAGAAGAAAAAUCACCGAGCAAAUUUGAGGGGUAUCGAAACUGUACGGUUUUGUUUCUCUUAUUUCGUUCGUCGUGAUGGCAAAUCGUGGUAAGAGCUAGAUAAAAAUAUAUUUGCUGUUGUUAAUCCGUGCUAAAUCGCAAACUAAUAAUAAAACAAACAAAAUAAAAAGGAUUUAAAGAAUAAUGAAAAACGAACACGUGAGAGGAACAAAAACAUCGGGAAAUCAUUCGGCGCGUGUACGCGAUUACGAAUUAUUGCGGACAAGAGGAACAGAAUUAUGUAAGAACGAGAGAGAUAAAUAAGAGAAUGAAUAAUAACAAGAACAAAAACAUGGCACCCUCCUAUCGCGACUAAAUUAAGUUAGAGUAUAGAUAUAGACUGAUAGAAGCGCAAAAAAGAACAAAAGGAAAAAAAUGAUUUAAAAAAAAAACCAAAAAAAAAAAAUAACAACAAAAAAAAACACCAAAAUCGUUCCUUCCACCCGCUCCGGCCGUACAUUUGAUUAUCAAUUUUUAAAUAUAUCGCAUCUCAUACUGUAAAGUCCAAUUGCUCUCUGGAUAUAUAAAGAAAAUACGAAAAAAAAAACGUUAUAAGAAAGAAAAACGUCUUCAACUAAGCGCACCCUAUUGCAAUUGAAUCUAACGCGUCAAAAUGUUUGUACAAUGCCGUUCGCGAAAUACGAUGAAAAAAAAUAAAUAAAUAAAUAAAUAAAAUGUGACAUGAAAAAAAUAAUGAAGUAAGAAGUAGCGACGCAAUUGCCACCCCGAUACGUUGCUUCGGCGAUAGAAAACAUUUCGUGAAAUAAAUGUUCAAAAUAAUUUUUGUACCGUUUUGGCACAUACCCAUUAUGCAACAGGAGAAUAAAAAAAGAAAAAAUAAUAAUAAUGAUAAUGAGAAGACAUGAAAACGAGAAGAAAUAUAUGACGGGAGAAAAAUAAAAGAAACCAACGUGAAUUCGCGUUAUCGACUUUAUAUUCAUGUACAACAUUCAAUUAUUAUAAAUUUUUCGACGUCAUUGUAAAACCAGCGAUCGAUUACGUGUGAAAGUGUAUAUGGCUUUUUUCUGCGGUUAACAAUAAAAAUGUUGUCCAAGCUUUUUUGCACGAGACAUCUUAAAAUUAUGUUUCAACUAAAA